UAAGGCCCGAUCAGCUCAUGAUAAACGAAGCUUGUUCACUUUACCUCUGUUGUCCCGUGUGUCUCCUGUCAACUACGAAACUAGACAAUGGACACCCGCAUUCAAGAUGUUCAGAAAAAGAGAGGCUGAUGCUAAAUUUGAUGGUGAACGUGGAGACGCAAUGCGGAAUUCCGCGUUUAUGGUGAAUGUUGCGGAGAAACAGGAGCUGCAUGACAUUUCUUACAAGUCCAACAAUAACUUCUCUAACAGGCCCACCCUGGACACUGUGAAAUCAAUUCAAAGCGAGGAGAAUUUCGGGGCCCAGACCGCCCCUGCACCAUCUGCACAGGGACUCGACGAAAAGAAUUUUCAGGUCACAUCUGGACUCUUCCAGAAAUUUUUCCCAAAUUCCUCACCGCAGCUGUUGAAAAUAGAUUACCAAGGUCCUGUAAUCUACAAACUCGGAGUGGCCUCGAAAGGGCCUCAACAAACGUCGAGCCCCCCUGGAGAGAACCAGCUGUCCCCGGUGUUCGAUUACUUCCUCAAGUAUCGAGAGACAAAACCUUAUGGUGAACAACAUAACGUCAUCAAAUGUCCAGUCUCCGGCGCGCAAUCAUCAACAACUGAUUCCUCCAGUGAAGUGGGCGGAUGCUAUACAAAACCAGAAGCUCCAAUUUCUUCCGGAAUAGUCCAAGCCCCUACGGGGGUUCAAUCAGCUGAAGCUAAUACUGAAAAGUCAGAGACUCCAUCGACCGCAGCUACUGAAGUACCAGAAGUUCAAUCAACGGCAGCAAAAGAAGAUGGGCCCUCAACUGAAAAUACUGGAAUAACAAACGAACCAUCAACUGAAACUACUGGAAUAUCAGUUGAAGAUCCAUCAAGUGAAGCUACUGUACCACCAGAAGCUCCAUCAACAGAAGCUACUGAAGUAUUAAAAACUCCAUCCACUGAAGCUACCGAAAUACCCAUAGAAGAUCUAUCAACUGAAGCUACUGGACCACUAGAAGGUCAGUUAACUGAAGCGACUCAAAUACCAGAAGAUCCAUCAACUGAAGCUACCGAAAUCUCAGAAGAUCUAUCAACUAUAGCUAGUGAAACACCAGAAGAUCAAUCAACUGAAGCUACUGAAAUAUCAGAAGGUCCAUCAACUGAAGUAACUGCAGUACCAGUAUCUUUAUCCCUUGAAGUUUUUCAAACACCAGAAGAUUCCUCAACUGAAGCUACCGAAAUACCAGAAGACUCAUCAACCGAAACUCUUUCAGCAGACGAAACCUGGACAACUGCAGCUGCUCUAUCAGAAAUUGAACCAUCACCAACAGAGGCAACUGAUGUGACUGAACCUAAUGAACAAUUCACUACUGAGGACCAACAGGGCGUCAAUCUCACGGACGAAGUGCUUUUCACCGAUGUUAAAGAUAAAAAUAAUUCCCCAGUUUCUGAAGAAACAGAAGAAGUUUUUGACACAAGAUCUGCUAAUGAUACGAAAAAAUCUCAAUUAGAAUUUGAGACUAUCAGUUCUAACGACAACGUGGAAGUUGAAUCAAAUGCCGAGGUGCCACAGCCAGAAUUAUUAGAAUCUCUUCCAGACACAGACCCACGACAGGCAUCAAAAGCUAUUGCUGAUGCAAUCAAUGCUUACGAAGCUGACGGUUCUCCAAAUGCAGUGGAGAGGCUGCAAGACAUCCUAGAAGCCACUGUAAAUAUCACAGGAGAUGUCGAAGAUCCCGACGAAGCCGCACUUGAUACGGAUGAGGACGCAGAGGAUGACGUCUAGUCUAUUAUUUUGAAAAAUGAAAAAGAGCGAAAAAUCGAAUAAUAAAUAAUAAAAAAAAUCAAACUUGUAAUAUGCUUUAUUGCCUUCGCAUAAUUCACAAUGUUUUUCUAGCAAAUAAUGAUGAGAGUGCGUAUAGAGAGCUUUUUUUUUCUGUGAUUCGACAU